AUAAUUAUCCGAAUUCUGACCGAACUUCAGCGAUCACCGUAAUCUGAUGAAUUUACAUUGCAUUGGUGUCUAAGAAAAAAAUUGAGCGCUUAAAUGCCUUGAUAAAGCUAUAGUUCAAUAUGAGCAAAAUGUCGAAAAAUAAAUUAAACUUGACCCUCCCACCGGGGUCUAUCGACACGGCUCCUGCCAUAUCGCCGUCUAACAUGACCCCUCAGCUCAAAUCUGCAACAGCUUCCGAGCGGCAGGGUCUAGCAGGCAAGUCAAAAACCAGUAUAGAAGCUCUAACUGAAAGAUUGGAACAAAUUGAAAUGGAUGAUACACAACGACGCAGAAUAGAAGUGUUCCUUUGUCAGAAAGAGAAGAUUGGUGAAUUGAGCGAUGAUGACUUUGAAAAGCUAGGGGAAUUAGGACAAGGGAAUGGGGGGGUAGUAAUGAAAGUGCGUCACAAGUCCACUGGUCUCAUUAUGGCAAGAAAACUAAUACAUUUGGAAGUAAAACCAGCCAUAAAGAAACAGAUAAUUAGGGAACUGAAAGUGCUACAUGAAUGCAAUUUUGCUCAUAUUGUGGGAUUUUAUGGAGCUUUCUAUAGUGAUGGAGAAAUAUCAAUUUGUAUGGAGUAUAUGGAUGGUGGAUCAUUAGAUUUGAUAUUAAAAAAGGCUGGACGGAUUCCUGAGUCAAUUUUAGGAACAAUAACCUCAGCAGUCCUUAAAGGGCUUAGUUAUUUGCGUGACAAACACGCCAUCAUGCAUCGCGAUGUUAAACCGUCCAACAUUCUAGUGAACAGUAAUGGAGAAAUCAAGAUAUGUGAUUUUGGUGUCUCAGGACAACUUAUCGACUCUAUGGCUAAUUCAUUUGUCGGUACUAGGAGUUAUAUGUCGCCUGAACGUCUCCAAGGUACCCACUACUCUGUUCAGUCAGAUAUUUGGUCCCUUGGUCUGUCCUUAGUUGAAAUGGCAAUCGGUAUGUACCCAAUACCACCCCCCGAUGCAAAGACCCUGGCUGCCAUGUUUGGUGGGCAGAACGAAGACCAUUCUCCUGGUCAAGCGCCGAAUUCGCCGCGUCCAAUGGCAAUAUUCGAGCUCCUUGACUACAUAGUGAACGAGCCUCCCCCCGAGUUGCCCCCGGGGCUGUUUUCUGAUGAGUUCAAAGACUUUGUAGAUCGUUGCCUCAAGAAAAACCCGGAUGAGAGAGCUGACCUUAAGACACUUAUGAAUCACGAGUGGAUUCGCCAAGCGGACGCUGAGAAGGCAGACAUUGCCGGCUGGGUUUGUAAGACGAUGGACCUCAUGCCCUCCACGCCAAACUCAAACGUGUCUCCUUUUUCUUCAUAAGCUGCAAGAAGUGCAUACUUUCAUCAGCGAAAAAGGGUCAAAACAUUUCCCAAGAAAGAGCAGGCGAGACAAUCAGUGAGGAUACUGGCGCAGAGUAGCUCGAGACCACGGACUUAAACAGUAUGUCAACUCUAGCCAUUACCAUACACCACAGAGACGUGACAUAAACAUAUAUGUAUAUAUGUCUUUAGGGGACAUGGAUUAAAUAUGUAAACUAAAAGAUAUAAUGAAAUAGGAGGUAUCGUACAUCAAAUUUUAAGUAUUAUACAGAUAACAAAUGCCACCACUGUAGUGUAAAUUUACCCUCAUGUGUAAACUAAUAAAUUAAAAGAUCAAGUAAUUGAUGUAUGUCUCCGUUACAUUUAUAUGUUUAGUUUUAAUAGAAUCUAAAAAUUAUUGUUUAUCAUAUUGUAAAAUGUGUAUGUGUAUUAGUAAUGAAAAGUUGAUAUGUGUUCAGAUCAUGUUAUUGUGUUAUAUGUAAGUUUGUUCACGUCUCUAUCACCGUAGUUCCUAUAGAAAAUCAAUACAAAUCCUUUAACAUACAGCGUGAUUAAACGAAGUGAAGAUACAAUUAUAGCAUUCGGCUGAUUAAGGUGUUUCGUAGUUGUACAAAAAAUAAACAUCGAUCGAUUUAUCUGUAACAGAUUGACGCAUCCCAACGUUUCUGGAUCAUAUACAAGAUAUAUGAUAUCAAGAAAUAUGUUUGAGAUAAAGGUGUGACUAAAACAUAAUGCAUACGGGGAUGAAGUGAUCGAGGGGGUUUUUGGAAACUACUAAUCGAUUAAUGGUCUAGUAGAGUUGAUUUCACUAGUCGCAAGUCGAAAAAAAAAAUGUUAGUAGUGUUUUGACAUAUUUUUCUUUGCUGAAAGUGC